AUGGCGGCUUGGUGGCCUGCGAUGCUGCGCGCGGUCCGGCGCUACCCGUGGCCCACGAACGUGCUGCUCUACGCGGCGCUCUUCUCCGCCGGCGACGCGCUGCAGCAGCGUCUACGGGGCGGUCCUGCCGACUGGCAGCAGACGCGGCGCGUGGCCACCGUGGCCGUGACCUUCCACGCCAACUUCAACUACGUGUGGCUGCGCCUGCUGGAGCGCGCGCUGCCGGGCCGUGCGCCGCGCACCGUGCUGGCCAAGGUGCUGUGCGACCAGGCGAUCGGCGGGCCCGUGGCCGUCUCGGCCUUCUAUGCCGGUAUGAGUAUUCUCCAAGAAAAGGAUGACAUAUUUUUGGACCUGAAACAGAAAUUCUGGAAUACAUACAAGAGCGGUCUGAUGUACUGGCCUUUUGUGCAGCUUACCAACUUCGGCCUGGUUCCUGUUCACUGGAGGACGGCUUAUACGGGACUCUGUGGUUUUCUGUGGGCCACCUUCCUUUGCUUUUCACAACAGAGUGGCGAUGGCACGUUCAAGUCGGCUUUUGCCUUCCUUCAUGUAAAGGAGGCCAGUGCCCUUGAAAGGCCCCCCAAGGAAUGAGAAGCCAAGGACUCCCUAGCAAUGCCGAUUUCCUCUCUUCCUUCUUUCCCUCCUCCCUCCCUCCCUCCCUCCCUUCCUCCCUUCCACCCAUGCAGUGGCUUGCCUACAGAUAACAGUCUACUUACCAGUUACAUGCCCCAUUUUGGAGAAUGACUCUCACAUAGACCCCAUUGUUUCAUUAUCCAUGAGUACUUAAAAUUUUAUCCAAACCUUUUUUUUUCCCCCAUUCUGGUCUGAAAGCCUCACUUCUCUAAUAUUUUUACUCCUCUAACUCUUUGGUUAAUACUGGUAACAGUGACGUCAUGGCACUCUGCAGUUACUCCGAUUUCUAUGCUUAUAUUUUAACGCUGAUUGAUUUAAAGACACUGUUUUGAUCAUUUACACUUCACAUCUAAAAUCUCAGGUUACCCCCCUCCCCCAACACAUACUUUUGGGUCAGUUUAACUUUUAUACCAAAAGUAGUCCUUAGAGAAAAUUUCUAUUUACAUAGAGCUCAGUCGAGGAGAAGACUGAAUAACCAAAUUUUUUUCUCUCGAAAUACUUUAUAUAAUAAUUUAUGGUUAUACUGAUGGUCAGUUCUGUAAGUGCAUUUUAUACUGUCAAAAAACGGUAUCUGAUUGGUGUGUCCCAUAUGGAAUGUAUUUUUCAGAGAUCUUCUACUUUUGUAAUUUCUUAGUUAAGUGCUUUUUAGUUAAUGUGUUCUAAUUUUGAACCUAUUCAGUUGACUGAAGGACCCCAUUUUACUAGACAAUAAGA